CUUUCACUAUUCCGUCUACGGCUACCUAUCUUUUGCUUACCGACGACUAUUCUAUUUUUCUCCUCCAUGCGGGGAAUCUGAAUUGACUUUGUUUCCAAGGCUAAUUUAAUAAACAACAAAAAAGAUGGCUAUGAUACCAACUUACGCCGGCUUGUCCGGGGCGAAGCUCCGAGCUGCGAUCACUUCUACUGCUACCAUCGGUUUCUUGCUGUUUGGAUACGACCAAGGCGUGAUGAGCGGUAUUAUCACCGGCGAAAAGUUUAACGAGGAGUUUCCGGCCACCAAGGGCAGCGACGAGUACCACAGCACCAUCCAGGGUACCGUGACGUCCGUGUACGAGCUGGGCUGCUUCGCGGGCGCCAUCGCCGCCCUGAUGUAUGGCGAACGCGUGGGCAGAAGGAAGAGUAUCCUGUUCGGCGCGGUGGUCAUGAUCUUGGGCACUAUCGUACAGAUCACCGCGUUCCGCGGAUCUUGGGAGUUGGGUCAGUUUAUCGUCGGGAGGAUCAUUACGGGUGUUGGCAACGGCGCAAACACGUCUUCGAUCCCGAUUUGGCAAGCGGAGACGUCCAAGUCACACAACCGCGGGCUGCUAAUCUGCAUCGAAGCGGCGAUGAUCGCCGUCGGCACUGUGAUCGCGUACUGGCUCGACUUUGGCUUCUCGUACGUCGACAACUCGUCGCAGUGGCGCUUCCCCAUCGGCUUCCAGAUCGUGUUUGCCGUCCUCCUCAUCGGCGGAGUUCUGGCUCUUCCGGAGUCGCCGAGGUGGCUGCUGAAUCAUGGUCAUCAGGCGGAGGCCCAGAGGGUCCUGGCUGCCCUGAAUGCUACUACUGAGGAUAAUGAUGAGACGCAGACGGAGAAAAGGGUCAUCAUGGAUUCCAUCGUUGCCGUCGCAGGUGUUGAGGCGUCUAGUGGGUUCAAGGAUGUGUUUUCCCGCGGAAAAGGACAGCAUCUGCGGCGCAUGCUUAUCGGUGCGAGCAGUCAGAUGUUUCAGCAGCUCGGAGGCUGCAACGCCGUGAUCUACUACUGUCCCGUCCUCUUCGAGAACUCCCUCAAGCUCUCGCGGACGCUGUCUCUCGUUCUCGGCGGGGUCAACGCGACGGUCUACGCGAUAUCAACGCUGUUCUCGUUCGUGUUUAUCGAGCGUGCGGGCCGGCGCAACCUGUUCCUGAUCGGCAGCGCGGGCCAGGCGGUCGCAAUGCUGAUCACCAUGGGCUGUUUGAUCCCCGACACGAUCGAGAGCUCGAAGGGAGCCGCCGCCGGACUGUUCCUGUUCAUCAUCUUCUUUGGCGCCACCUGGCUAGAGCUGCCCUGGCUGUAUCCGGCGGAAUUGAGCCCGCUCAAGACGAGGACUAGGGCGAAUGCCCUGAGCACGAGUACUAACUGGAUCUUUAACUUCUUAAUCGUGCAGAUCACGCCGACGAUGAUCGCAGCGAUCGGGUGGAAGACGUACCUUGUGUUCGCGAUCUUCAACCUAGGGUUCAUCCCGGUGAUCUACUUCUUCUACCCCGAGACAGCGGGGCGUUCGCUGGAAGAGAUCGACAUUGUCUUUGCGCGCGCGUACGUGGACAAGGUCAGUCCCGUCAAGGUGGCCAAGACCAUGAAGAAGCUGGAUGUGCGCGAGGUCGAGAUGGCAGAGUUGGAGUUGAGAGAUGAGGGUACCCAGGCCGUGGCCGUGAAUGUGAAUAUGGAUGUGGGCGCAGGCCCGCCGGAUGAGGAGAAGGCCGUCGCCGCGGAUAAGGUUGAAUGAUGGGGUGUGACGGGAGGGGAUGGGAGCGACGGGAGUGUGCAUUUUCCGUUCAUUUACAGCCCUGGCAGACAUGACCCGACGAGCCAUCGGCCUCAAUAGUUUCUCGAAUACCGUAAUUAUGUAGCUGCUAUAAUUACUUAUCUGAUUUG